GUUAGUUUCUUUGACGGCAUCCACCUCGGAUUUGGACUCUCGUGCCAGAAGAAGAAGAUGCGGAAGUGACGCAUUGUGCAGUUUGUAACAGGGAAACGGCAGGCUUGACAACAGUGACCAUUUUUAUGUCUAUGUGAAAUACUUAAAGUAAUCUUCCGACAAACAUCAAAGGCUUGCAAUAGUUUGCACACGUUGCUGUAAAGGCACUGCAGCUGUCUCGGCUAACUAAGGCAAGUUAGCUCGCGUAGGUCAACACUGCAAGGUAUUUCAGCUAGCUGAUGGUGGUGGUGUAGUAUAGCUUGUUUACGUUACGUAGAGGAGCUGUUGCCAUUUAGUAAAUGGCCUGCACUUUAGAAAAAGUGUUGAGCGAUGCCCGGACCCUUCUCGAGAGGCUGAAAGAGCACGACACGGCCGCCGAGGGGCUGAUAGAGCAGUCCGGGGCCCUCAGCCAGAGAGUUCAUAGCAUGAGGGAGGUGGGAAAUGCCCUUCCAGACAAGCACAUAGAAGACACUUCAGAGAUUCAGGAGCUGACCAAAUACAAGCCUCAUGUUCUACUGACUCAGGAAAACACUCAAAUUAAGGAACUACAGCAAGAGAAUAAAGAAUUAUGGUUGUCUCUUGAAGAACACCAGUACGCACUAGAGUUGAUCAUGGGUCGAUACCGCAAGCAGAUGCUCCAGCUGAUGAUGGCAAAGAAGGAGAUGGACACCAAACCUGUGCUCAGCCUUCAUGAGGACCACGCAAAAGAAGUGCAGACCCAGGUGGAGCGGAUAUGUGAGAUGGGCCAGGUGAUGAGAAGAGCGGUGCAGGUGGAUGAUCAGCAUUAUUGUUCUGUUCGAGAGAGACUGGCUCAGCUAGAGAUUGAGAACAAGGAGUUGCGAGACCUCCUGGUCAUCAGUAAGGGCUCUGUGAAGACAGCGAGGGAAGAAACUAAACAUCUAGCAGCAGCACAGGAACCGUCUUCUCAGCCAGGGUCCAACGAGUGAUCAGAACAGCAUCAAAGUAAAGUGUUGCUGGAGCAUCAAGAUCUUCAAGACCAGGAGACAGGGUCAACGAUCUCUUUGUCUGCGUUCACCGCAUUAUUUUUUUUUCUUACAUAACAUGGAAUGCAGUCAAACCACAGCAUAUCUUUUUGUAGAGAAGGCCAUAAGCAUUUAUCUGCCAGUGUAUCUGGAUGGUAGCUUUUGUUUUCAUGCACAACACUGCAAUUGUUGGGGAAGAAUUCCACAUAAACCAUGAGAUUUAAUGAGAUAUCUUGGCUUUCACUGACAGCAACACAGUGUGACCUAAGACAUAUAUAUGUACUGGAGUAAAGGCAGUAAAGCAAAGGGGAUUUAUUUUGUUUUUUGGCCAAAGAUACAUUUGCUCUACAAGGACACAGCUUCUACCUCUUUGGUGCCCCUUUGCUGUUCACAUACAUUCACAAUGUGUAAAAUGUUCACAACCACUCCUGCUAUGAGCUCACCUGAAGCCCAUUAAGAUGCCAACUCAUAUUCUGUACCAUUUUAAAAAGCUUUGCUUGAUAAUCACUGCCAACAAGAUGACUUUUGGCUGUUUCACACAGUUUGCCUGCUGAGGAGUGACAGUGGAUCAUUCGUAUGUCUAUCAUUUAAUAAAUUUGAUAUGUUUGUUUGUAGAAUUCAUCUAUAACAUGAUUACCACGUUUAGUACUUUGAUUCUAUGUAUUAUAAACCAGUUUUCUAGCUUUUAGAUUUGGAUGCAGAGUAAUCAAAUGUCCCAGUUAAUGGCAAAUCUUUAUUGAAUGAAGUUUCAAGACAUGCCAAGUUUUUUGUGUAAUGGAUUUCAAAUAUUUGCGUGGUGUAUAUUGUCAGAAAUUGUAUAUUGUCAUCUCAGGAAAUCAAGUGUUAAUAAGGUGAACAUGCUGUAAUGACAUGGCAGUGUACUGAUCUGUGUCAAACGAUAUUUCAUUCAGAAACUUCAAAAUAAAUUUUCAGUAAAAA